AUGGACGGAACCGUAGCUUUGUUGAAGACUUCACCAGUGCGUUGCAAGCCACUAAUCAGCAUUGACGGUAUGCAUCUGUAUGGGAAGUAUGGCGGAACUUUGCUUCUAGCUAUUGCGCAAGAUGGAAACUCGAAUAUAUUGCCAGUUGCGUUUGCACUUGUUGAGGGGGAGAAUGCUAAGUCAUGGGCUUUUUUCUUAUCCCACUUGCGUCAACAUGUGACCCCACAGGAAAGGAUUCUGGUGAUCUCUGACAGACACAAUGACAUUAAGGCUGCACUGGAGGCACCAAACAAUGGUUGGAAACCGCCUCAUGCAUAUCGAGCUUUCAAGGGUCAGGAUGCAAGGCGGAUGCUCGUGAAUGCGGCGUAUGCCAAGACUGAGGCCGAGUUUGACUGCUGGUUUGAUAUUAUGAGGAUUGAGAAUCUAGCGAUUGGGCCAAUUGACUGGAGUACGAUAAGUGGACCCAACACCAGGAUGGGGGGCAGACAGUUCGGCCACAUGACGACGAACAUAUCCGAGUGUGUUAACUCUGUACUAAAGGGGACAUGGAAUCUGCCGGUUACUGCACUUGUCAAAUCCACAUAUAGGAGACAUCAGUCUGAGUAUACCGUGGCUGAGACUACUCCUACCGGUAACUUCUCGCUUGGGACGUAUCGGAUUUCCCUCAGAGAUCGCAUUUGUGACUGCGGGUACUUUCAAGCUCUCCAUUACCCGUGCUGCCAUGCGAUUGCAUGCUGUGCUCAGUUCCGGUUAGACUGGGCUACGUACGUCCAUGAGGUUUAUACCAUGAGUAAGGUGUUUAGCGUAUACCGGAUGAGAUUUUUGCCUCCUAUUCCAGAGGGUCUGUGGUCACCGUAUGCCGGUCCUACUAUCGUUCCUGAUCCUAACAUGAGACGUGUCAGAGAAGGACGACCGAGGUCAACAGAAUCCGUAACACCAUGA